AUGGUGGCCUUAAGUCUGCUUCUUGUCGGAGUUACUGUGAUUCUUUUAGGUACAACACCAUGCAGAGGUUGCACGCAGAGUUUGGCCAAAGGCAAACCCGCAUACCAAAGUUCCAACUACCAAAAUAAGUACCAUGCCAGUCGUGCUGUGGACGGUAACUAUGACGACGAAAUGAGUCAUGGGAGUUGUUCCCACACCGAUGCUGGUCAGGGAGAAUGGUGGCUGGUGGACUUAGAAACCACGGCGAGGGUUGCCGGUGUUAUCAUAACAAACCGUGACCAUAGUUCUUCUUACCGUCUGAAUAAUUUCGAAGUGAAAGUUGGAACCUCAUACCAUGAUAGUUCAUCAUUCACCCAGUACAAACUCUGCGCCAGUUACCCGGGGGUGGCACCUGAGGGGAACACAUCACUGUCCUGUGGGUCACCACUGACAGGACGAUAUGUCUUGAUCAUCAAAGUUGGUAGUGACGACUAUAACUUGCAGCUUUGUGAAGUGGAGGUCCAUGGUAUUACAAAUUCAACCACGUUCCAGAGGGUAGGAGCAGAUGCUCGCGCAACCCGUGUGCACCUAUCCACGCAUAAUGUCCGCAGCCUCUCCGAAUGUUGCCGUUCUUGUAUGCAACAGUGGAAAUGUGUUGCCAUAAAUAUUUUCUGUGCUGGAAAAUACCAAUGUGUCUGUGAACUUCUGACCAGCACUGCCCAAUCCGGCGACUUGCAGGCCCGCACUGGAUACAGCUAUUAUGAAGACAACUGCCCGGGUACAGCGUAG